UGAUCCAACUACAACGUCAGUUGUGGCAGCUAAAGACGGGAAUUUAUAACACCACUGUACGGACCCGAACAGACGGAUAAGACAGAGUGUUGCCGGUGCUUGUUAUCACUUUAGUACACAGUAACGGAGCGAUGCGAUGUUAGGAAGCCUGUGAUGCGCACACAGCGGCGGCAGAGCGGCUCAACCGACUGUGGACUGGCCGAGCAACCGCCAAGACUUGGCUGACUUCAUAUAAAAAUACAAGCCUGCGAUGUUUUUGCAUACCCUAGUUUCCUGAUACCUGCAGAAAGCAAUAGCACUUCUCUGAAAUACAAUUGGGAGAAACGGAUAUAAACUUCAAAUUCCAGUUCAGUUAACAGACAUUAUGUCUUCCAGGGAGCGUCGGUCAGAUGUCUACAUAAAGGCAGAACCAAGCAGUCCAGAGGGAGGUGGGGGAGGUCGGACCAGCCCUGGUGGAGCCUCCUCAGACUCCUCACAAAGUGGAGGUGGAGGACCCAGAGGAGAUAAUGCCAAACGCUAUUCCCCGCCGCUCUACACACCAGCUUUGCGUUGUCACUUUAAAGAUGAGGCUGGUGAUGGGGCAGAAGAGGGCUCCACUGGAAACGGAGCAGGCCGUUGCAAGUAUGCCCUUAGCACAUUGCCCAAGAGGCUGUGUUUAGUUUGUGGGGAUGUUGCUUCAGGUUACCACUAUGGUGUGGCAUCGUGCGAGGCCUGCAAAGCAUUCUUCAAAAGAACCAUCCAAGGUAACAUCGAAUACAGCUGUCCAGCAUCAAAUGAGUGUGAAAUCACCAAAAGGCGCAGAAAGGCUUGCCAGGCAUGCCGCUUCACCAAGUGCCUCAAAGUAGGCAUGUUGAAAGAGGGAGUUCGACUUGACAGAGUCAGAGGUGGAAGACAGAAGUAUAAGAGACGUCCAGAAGUGGAGAAUGCAACAUACCAGAGUGCCCCAUUACCACUGACAAAGGAGAGUGAAAAAGGUUCCUCUAACAUCAUCGUGUCCCACCUGCUUGUGGCAGAGCCUGAAAAAUUAUUUGCCAUGCCCGAUCCCCUGCAGCCCGACACAGCCCAGCGCACUCUCACUACUCUGUGUGACCUUGCGGACCGUGAGCUGGUUGUCAUCAUUGGCUGGGCCAAACACAUUCCUGGCUUCCUGUCGCUGUCCCUAGCAGACCAGAUGUCCGUGUUGCAGUCAGUUUGGCUGGAGGUACUGGUGUUGGGUGUAGCGUACCGCUCCCUCAGCUGUGAGGAUGAGGUAGUGUUUGCAGAGGAUUUUGUCCUUGACGAGGAGAUGUCACGAGUUGCCGGACUGACAGAGCUAAAUGCGGCAAUUAGUCAACUUGCUCGUCGUUUCCGUGCCCUUAAUGUGGACCGGGAGGAAUUUGUCAUGCUAAAAGCCAUCGCACUCACCAACUCAGACUCUGUUUACAUCGAGGAUAUGGAGGCUGUGCAGAAGCUGCGGGACCUCCUUCACCAGGCCCUGCUGGAGCUUGAAUGUCAGCGGCGCCCAGACGACCCCCAGCGGGCAGGACGCCUCCUUUUAACAUUGCCUCUCCUACGACAGACUGCUGGUCGUGCUCUCACCACCUUCUACAGUAUCAAGACCCGUGGUGGUGUACCAAUGCACAAACUAUUCUUGGAGAUGCUGGAAGCCAUGAUGGACUCUCCUUAGAGCCAAAUGAAGCAGAGGGAUGCAGAUAAAGACCCAACAGAGAUCUUCAGAGUCUCCAUGAGUGAAUAAGUGGUUAGUGUAAAAGGAAGGUUUUAAUUAGAGAAUUAAUAAGAUGAACCUUUUCUCUUUCAGCUACAUGAAGAAAGGAAAAGAGAAAAUAAAACCAUAUGUAUUCAAUCCCUGGAGUAAGAUUUGGGUACCGAUAGUUAAGGUCUAACUGCCAAACCUGAAUUAAAGGCUUCAAGAACCACCAUCAGUCCAAAUGGAAAAAUGGAUGAAAAACAUUUAACUGAAUGCCAGAAUACGACUUAAUUUCAACCAUCAUCACGGUGUGUUCUAUCACAGCAUGGAUCUGCAGUUGAGAAACCACUGAAAAACACCAAGCAGCAGACUGCAAUCAUGUGGCUUUUGAACUUUUUUUAAUUUAAAUAAUGCAACAUCUACUCAUAAAAGCCAUAAUAACAUACCUGGCUAAAGACUUGAGGGUCCAUAGGGUAUAAGGUCAGACAGGCGUGCACAUGAAGUGCUUGUAUUCAUUAGUUUAGUGUGCCGUUGUAGGCAAAUUCAUAGGAAUUACUUGCAAUAUGAUAAAAAGCAAUAUAAUGAGUUGAUUGUUGUCUGUCACAUUUAAAAUGUGGAUAAAAUGGUGAGACAUCCUGUUGUAUGUGUAUAUCAGUUGUUUUCCACUCGCAGGACCCCAAGUGCUAAGGUUUUUUUUUCUGGGGAAACUUUAGUAUGAGUUUGGGAUGUGAAAAUACGGUGGCACUGGGGCAGUUCGACUGGAGUUGGAAACCACGGGUGUACAUAUUAGAUACAGAAUGCUUUAUAAAACUUUGUGCAAUUGAACAAUAGUCCAGGAGAAGUGCAUAUGAAGAUUGUGCACUCGUAAAAUGCUCUGCCUAGAAGGUAAUAUAUUCAGUGUUGUAUGUAAAUCCUACUGGCACACAAAUAACUGGCUUCCAUACAAGCGUGUGCACUUGUGUGCAGUCUAAACCAAGGAGUGACACUGGAUCAGGGAAGAAGAUUUCAACUCUGAAAGUCAGUGUGACAACAGUGGUUAGACAAAAAAUGCAUUUGCCUGAUCUGCUUUUUCUUUUUUUUUUUUUUCUUUUUAUAAAUCCUCCUUUUAGAUAUUAACCACUCUUCUUAACUUCAGCAGCUGUGCUGGUCCAAAAUAAUGCAGUUCCUGGUGACCCGUUUCAUUUGUAGGCUACAUGUGACACUAACCUAUAUGAUUGAUGGUUUCAUCAUGAAGUUUUGUGGAAUUUUUUGCAGCACUGGAGAACGUUGCAUCAGAGAUGUCAGUUUAAAAAGAGAUCCCCUCUUCAUGUACGUACAUCUGUCAGACUUAAACAUGGAAGUGCCCAAAAUGGGUUCAGGGCAACAAAAAAAAUGCAACAUAUGCAACCUCUUCCUUUUGGAUUUUAAAAAUAUUGUCUCACAAUAUCCUGAAAAUCCUACUCAUUAACACAUUUGUACACUUAACAAUUCUCAACGUAGUAAGCUUCACAUGCCAUACACAACAUUAUCUGAUGUCCAGGUCAGAUAAACAUAAUAUGUAGUGGCCAUGGGGCCAGUAAACUUUAGCCAUGUACAGUUCCAUUUAAUAAAUAGAAAAAUGCAAUUUAUAAUCAAAGAAUAAAGCCAGCAGAUGCGAUACAAAUUCCCCAUUACACAUAUUUGUGCAUCUUACAGUGUACUGAAAUUUGUAUAAAAAUAAUAAGAACAAAAACACUUGAAACUUGCUUUUUCAUACAUUUUACUUUGUAGGAUUUAAGGGUAUUUUGUUUAGAUUGUGACACUGUUGUGGGUUUGGUAUUGAAAUGAGCUGUCCAUUCAGAAUGUUUUGAAUGCUACUUGUUUUUUAAAAAAUGUGAGCAGUUGUGUAGUUGCUGAAGCUGAUUGUCAUAUUUGGGAUCAAUCACAGCUCUAUUGAUCAGCGACAUGAGGAGGCUACAGAAGGCUACCUCAGGAGGAAGUGUGCCAGAUGGCCAAAUAACUAUGGAGACUAAUAUAAUUGUUGCUCUUUUAAGUGAUUUUUCAAGUUAAACUUGGCUUUUGGGAUAUAUUUUGUUUUUUCUUGCACCAACAUCUGCACAUUUUUGUCUUUUUAUAAUUUCAUGAUGCAUCUGGAUCAUGAGUCAGGCUUUACUAGAGUCCACGGUACAAAAUGUUGCAUGAUGGAGGGCCAGCCUCCUUUGUGUCACAACAACAACAACAAAAAAAAUGCAGCUCAGAUCAUCACAGGUCAUUUACAGAAGUUUAACAGUGGGAGAUAUUCUUUGAAAAACCUGACUGUUUGAUUGAGCUCUUUGGUUUUACUUCUAUUUUCCUAUUCAGGUCCUAAUGUGUAAGGUAAUGAAGCAUUUAAUACUACAGGUUACGGUUAAUGUGCUCCUUUCAUCUAAAAAAAUGGAUUACUUGCGUGAUUCUUCAAAUAGUCAGAAUUCUGAAAUGUUAAACAUUAAUAUAGAUGCCUGGGUCCAGGCAAAGUCUGCCAUUAAAACAAAGGUAGAUUUUUCACUAGCAUAAAAUACGUUUUAGGUACAACGGGUGAGGGGUAUUUGCAGUGUCACUGCUUAAAUUAUACAGUCAUUUGUAGGUUCUAUUAAAUACGUGCGCAUUAAUAUAAAUGAGCAAUACAAUAAAUUACCAAACCUCACACAUUUCCUUGUAUAGCCACAGUGUAAAUUUAACAUUGCCAGUUAAAAUGAAGAAUAGCUACUAAACAAUAUAUUAUUUAGAAGUUCAAAUCAAUGUUUGUACUUUGAAAGACUAUUUAAAUGAUUAAAUUCUAUUUUUUACUCAAUUUAAUGUCGUUUGUUGACACUGCUUUAUUUUUUGUGUGUGGUAUUGGCUGUGAAUUUCUGUGUGUAGGCUAUUUUUGUUUUUCAUUUAGAUGAAACAGUUUGAUGUCCUUGUCUAAACAUGUCCACAUAAAAAUCACUGUGAAAAAAGUGAUCUCUUCCACUCUCUGCCAACAACAGGGAGUGGAUUAUUGUAGGUGCUUUGUGUUGUGUAAUAAAUGGACACACCACCACCACA